AUGGACGAAAUGUCUAGGGGAAUGUCACAAACAGGAAGCAUUACAACAACUGACAAAGUUGAAGAAAUUGAUGGUUCUUCUGCGGACGUUGUAUAUGUGAGCGAACUAUGUCUGGAGUGCGAACGAGUAUGUGCCGCCUGCGAACGCUUAGGUUCCGUUGUUACUGUCACAAAUUCAGAAGCAUUACCAGAGACUCCAACGCAAUGCUCAAUUCCAGCAUAUCUUGUUACUACUCCUUUUGAAGGCAACCUCUUUGAUGCUGCUCACAAAGCCAAGUACAGGGUGCUGGGUCCGACAGCAGUGCUGCAGCUGGCAGAGCGCAAUGAGCCCCCGCCGGCCAACACGCGUCCACUUUAUUCCCUGGCGAUGCGAGGGGCCGUAAUAUGUUUCUCUGGCUUUCGAAAGAAAGAUGAACUGACGUACCUGAUAACACUAAUCCACUACAUGGGGGGUUCCAUCCGCAAAGAUAUGUCUAGUAAGGUCACUCAUUUGAUCGCGGCGGCAGCGACGGGAGACAAGUACAGAUACGCAUCGGGCUUCGGUCUUCCAGUGUUGGCGAGGUCUUGGGUGGAUGCCUGUUGGGAGAGACGAGACGACCCAGCAUGUCUGGCUACAGACGAUGCUAUGAUAAAAGAGCACAAGUUAAAAGUAUUUACUGGCGCCAGGGUUUGCUUUAUGGGGUUCCCCGAUGACGAAACGCAGCAUAUGGCCGAGGUUCUCGCCAGCAACGGCGGCGCCUCCUGUCAACUCGACGACCCUGACUGUACCCAUGUCGUAAUGGCCAAUGGGGAGACUUUCGGUCGUUCGCUUGUCCUAUCACCUCGUUCGAAUACUCCUAAUACAUCUGUUAAACCUAUCCGCUCCACUCCCACGAGACCUCAGACCACUCCAAAGAGCUCUCUAUACCGCCGAUUGUCAGCGCGGCUCUCCGGCUGUCGGUCUAGUCCAAAUAAACAAAACGAAACAAACGCAAUAGACGAUGAGAGGGAGAAACAUCUGCUGGACGCUAGAGAACGAUUUAGAAAUAGUAAAGGCAGUAUUUGCGCAAAUAAAAGUCAAGACAAUAACAGUAUUAGUAAAAUCGAAAAGUCGAUUGUUGAUGAUUUGCACAUAGGCGUAGAAGGAAACAAUCGGAACGAGUACAAUAUAGAAACGCGAAAGUACAAAGCUAGCGAUAAAGAAAAUAAACGCACCUCAUAUUUGCACGGUAGCGACAGAACGCAUGCCAAAGACAAAAGGGAAGUGUUUAAAAACAAGUCUAUGAAUAUAUUCAACAUUGUAGACUGCAUAACGGAAUCCGGAUCUCUUAAUUCGUCUCUAACGAAAAGCUUGUGCGAUUUAGAUUAUAAAAAUGAAGCUGGCUUCUUAUUACCCACUCCAGGGGAAUGCAAAGACUUGCAACAAUCAACUACGACUAUAUCUUCUGGCAAAAAAAGAAGUCGUAACUCCACCGACUCUAACAUCCAAGUCAGUCCGAUUGAUGCGACUAAUUUAUCACCAGAUAAAACGGAAGAAUCUACCUGGAAAUCUAUUAAAAGACUGAAAAUCAAAGAUUCUUUCAAAUUUAAGAAUAGACCAACUAUAUUUAAACGCACAAAGAAAGAUUCUGUUACCAAAGUACCUGGAGAUAUCACUGUAGAGUCCGUGAGUCCAGAUCAGGUAAAACCGACGGAUCCGGCUGGCGAAUAUAUUGCAUCCACAUCGUCUCCUAUUCGGGAAGAUGACAAUACGUCCAUUUGUUCUAUGAAUCUCAGUAAACAGUCGGGCUUUUUCGACAUGUCCUUCGCGUCCAUUAAGAGUUCAAAAACCGUAAAAUCGAAACUCCGAAGAAGUGUGAAAUCAUUCACGUCGUCUUUUAGAAGCGAAAGGAAAAAGAAAUACGAAAAGCGAGCUGAAAGAAACACUGUGGAAGUCGACGCUUCACAUUUACCCACCGAUCUCAAAAAUGUUUCUACACCUAAGAGAGAAUUGAAUGAAAUGCAUUUAGACAUAUCACCGGUCCAAGUCGAUACUGUCGACAGCACAGAUAUGAGAACGCCGACAGUUGAAAUACGAAAUUUAGACGAGCUGGAUGAAUCGGCAAUAUUUAAGACGCCGCAUAGAGUCUGGUUGAGGAACCACAGGCAUUCCAUCUGUGGUAGCGGAGAGUUAAGAGCGAAGAGCGCUAGUCAUAUCCCGGUGUGCUCUGAGAGCAUUCCCGCCCCACCGUCCCCCUCCCAGUCCGUCUCUGACGCCCUGCGGGUUCGCACCGUGACGUCGCCCGCAUCGACGCCUCCCAUCCGCGACGCUCGCGCCAUAUCGCAAUGCCAUGGAUUCUUGUUGCCGGUCGUAGACGAGCACAAUACAGUAAUAGUGCCCGAUUGCUCUCAACGCGUCCAUAUCGUUAAGGCGGAAUGGUUUUGGGCAUCCGUCCAGAAUGAGGAAGCGCAGGACGAAAGAGACUACUUGUUUAAAGAUUACCUAGAUGAAGUAUCGCGGCGAUCGUCUGUGGGUGGUGCAGGCACGUGUCAGGAAGAGAGCAAUGGCGCGGUCGGCGAACGAAGCAAUGUAGGUGCAGCAGGCAGUACACCAGCGCACCUUCAGCGGAUGCGCAAGCGCAAGUUGCGGGGCGGAGAUGCCGCUUUACAUAAACGGCGAUCUUCUGUUGGUGAUGCGGUACUUCUUAGCUUAUCAGGGAAUUUGCUGGAUUGUACUCCCUCACCAGACGGCAAACAAUUACUGGAAGAGUCAGAAGUUCCUGAUAAUGUCGUAAGAAAAUUGAUGUCACCACGUCAACAAGUGUUUAUGGAAUUAUUGCAGACUGAGUCAAAUUAUGUGGGAAUUCUUCAUACGAUAGUUACAAUGUUCAAACAACCACUAGAGGAAAUGGCAGAAGAAGAUGACAAUAAUGGCAAAAAUCAAGCGCUACUCAACAAUACAGAACUGAAAAUUAUUUUUGGAAAUCUACCGCCAAUUUAUGAAUUACAUCAACGAAUGCUGGAAGAGCUAAAGUGGGCGCAGGCGCACUGGAGCGAAGAGGUCAGCAUCGGUCGACUGGUGCUCCGGUAUACGCCAGACAUGGUGAAGGCAUAUCCACCUUUCGUGAAUUUCUUUGAAAACACCAAGGAGAUGCUUCAACAGUGCGACCGAGAGAAUCCCAGAUUUCAUGCAUUCCUGAAAAUUUGCCAAACCAAACCUGAGUGUGGCCGGCAAAGUUUACAGGAACUCCUUAUAAGACCAGUGCAACGAUUACCCAGCAUAAGUUUAUUAUUAGAUGAUAUAUUAAAACACACGCAUAAGAGCAACCCAGACCACGUAGCCCUGGUGUCGGCGCUGGCCGGCCUACGCGAGGUGAUGUCGCACAUCAAUGAGGACAAGAGGAAGACCGAGGGGCAGCUGCAGAUGUUCGACAUAUACAACGAUAUCGACCAGUGCCCGGCUCAUUUGGUAUCGUCUCACCGUUCGUUCGUGGCUCGAUGCGAGGUCGUGGAGUUGUCGAAAGAGCUUUCGGGGAGAGGUGAUCAUCUUGUACUAUUUCUUUUCACGGAUACGAUGGAAGUUUGCAAGAAGAGAUCAAAGGCUUUCAACAGUAAAAGUCCAACGAACGGUACGGGCACGAUGCGAAUAGGUUCAAGCAAGCCGUACAGACACAUAUCUCUCAUGCCGCUCAGCACUGUCAAGCGGGUCGUCGACAUAAGGGAGGCGGAAGAUUGUCACAACGUUUUUGCUCUGAUGUGCCGCAGCAAUCAGGAAUUAAAGGAGAAGUUAUACUCAUUCAUGAUAACAGACGAGUCUGUGGAUAAGGGACACUUUCUCCGCCAAUUGUGCAGGCAGAUGGCCAACACCGUCUGCAAAGCUGAUGCUGACAAGUUUUUGGCGUGCCUUGAGUCCCACCAGUUGGACAUAGACACCAGUGAUCUAGCGCUCAGCACUCUCUCCAAGGUAUCCAAGUUUGCAGCGCGCACUAGAAUAAAGCUGGAGGCGUUGGCUGGGCUGGGCGGGUGGCUGCGCGCGGCACCCUCUGCAGCACUCCUUGACACUUGGGUAUUGCGCGCUCACUUACUACCACAGGUGGAGCGAGCGUUAUCGUUCAACAAGACGCCGUCGAAGCUAAAGCGCGCGAUGUCUUCAAUAAUAUCUCCCUUCGGCUCGACCUCGAGCCUGACGCCCGCUUCACAGCAACUAGCGCAAAUGAGGCUGGCCAGUUGCAAUAAUAUUAACGAGAUGGGGGGUAGCGGCGCAGGGGGAGAAGGUAGCGAGGUUCUCGUAGCGCCGCUGUCAGUACAGCCCACUCGAAAAGCGACAGCGGGCGCCGCAGCCGCCUUGCGUCGCUUCUGA